CCACUCCCAAGUAGAGAACCAUAAUACCAAAAAAAAAAAGAAAGAAAGAAAAAAAAGAACGAAUCUUUCUUCUGAGGAUGAGGAAUCCAAAUUCGCACCUGAAUCUGGGGUGCACAUUGGAUUUCCUAUCCGUGUUCCUACUGAUUCUUAAUUUGUUGUUUCUAUGCUCGUCAUCUUCACUGUCGUUGCAAGAAUCGGAAGCUAUAGACUCCAUUCUGAGACUCCAGGACAGGAAAAGACCGUCCCCUUCAGUUCAAGAAUCCGCAGCCAAGGGUGUUCUUCAAAGACUGCUUCCCAACCAACUGAGGAAUUUUGAGCUCAAAAUUGUGUCCAAGGACGCUUAUGGUGGGAAAAGCUGCUUUAGAAUAACCAAUUACAAGAGCUUAAGUGGAGAUUCGCCUAAGAUAUUGAUACAAGGAACUACAGCAAUCGAAAUCACAUCAGGCCUCCAUUGGUACCUAAAGUAUUGGUGUGGUGCUCAUAUUUCAUGGGAAAAAACUGGAGGCAUACAGAUAGACUCAGUACCCAAUCCAGGAUUACUACCUUCUGUAGAUAAAGAGGGUGUGAUGAUUCAACGGCCAAUACCAUGGCAUUACUACCAAAAUGUUGUCACCUCAAGCUAUUCGUAUGUAUGGUGGGAUUGGCAGCGUUGGGAGAAAGAAAUCGACUGGAUGGCACUCCAAGGAGUUAACAUGCCUCUUGCAUUUACUGGGCAAGAAGCCAUCUGGCAAAAGGUUUUCUUGCAACAGUUUAAUAUGACCAGACAAGAUUUGAAUGGUUUCUUUGGUGGACCUGCCUUCCUUGCAUGGGCUCGUAUGGGAAAUCUACAUGGAUGGGGUGGGCCUUUAUCACAAAACUGGUUGGAUAAUCAGUUGUCAUUGCAAAAGCUGAUCUUAAAGAGGAUGACUGAGUUGGGCAUGACCCCAGUGCUUCCGUCAUUCUCUGGGAAUGUACCAGCUGCAUUAAAAAGGAUGUUUCCCUCCGCAAAUAUAACUCGACUUGGGGACUGGAAUACAGUGGACGGUGACCCUCGAUGGUGCUGUACGUACCUUUUAGAUCCUUCUGACCCGUUAUUUAUUAACAUUGGUGAGGCAUUCAUUCACCAUCAGUUUAAAGAGUAUGGAGGCAUCACAAAUAUCUACAGCUGUGAUACCUUUAAUGAAAACUCUCCACCUACAAAGGACCCCACAUAUAUCUCUUCUCUUGGUUCAGCUGUCUACAAAGCAAUGUUCAAAGCAGAUAAGGAUGCCGUGUGGUUAAUGCAAGGUUGGCUUUUUUAUUCAGACUCUUCGUUUUGGAAGCCAUCACAGAUGGAGGCACUUCUACAUUCUGUUCCAUUUGGGAAGAUGAUAGUUCUUGAUUUAUUUGCUGAUGUCCACCCAAUAUGGAAAACUUCAUCCCAAUUUUAUGGAACACCUUAUAUAUGGUGUAUGCUGCACAAUUUUGGAGGCAAUAUUGAAAUGUACGGAACACUGGAUUCUGUUGCCUCAGGGCCUAUUGAUGCACGUAUUAGUGCAAAUUCGACAAUGGUUGGAGUUGGGAUGUGCAUGGAAGGCAUAGAACAUAAUCCAGUUGUGUAUGAGCUGAUGCCUGAAAUGGCAUUUAGGAGCCACAAUUUUGAAAUCAAGUCAUGGUUGAAAUCCUAUGCUAGAAGAAGAUAUGGUAAAAGAGUUGAUCAAGUUGAAGAUGCUUGGGAGAUACUUUAUCACACUGUGUACAAUUGCACUGAUGGAAUAGCUGACCACAACAAAGAUUACAUAGUAGAAUUUCCUGACUGGGAUCCAUAUCAAGAUACAACAUCUGAUAUGCUUGGACAUCAUUGUAGAAAAGCAUUUCUGGCGAGAGAUCAGAAGCUAAGAUUCUUUUUCCAAGAAACCAGCUCUUCGUUGCCACGACCACAUUUAUGGUAUUCUACCAACGAUGUCUUGAAGGCAUUGAAACUAUUUAUUGGUGCAGGAACUGAGCUUGCUAGAAGCCGAACUUUCAGAUAUGAUUUGGUAGACUUAACCAGACAGUCGCUAUCCAAGCUUGCAAACCAGGUCUACUUAGACGCAAUAUCUGCUUUCAGAGAGAAAGAUGCCAAAGCCUUGAGUUCUCAUAGCCAGAAGUUCCUGCAACUCAUCAAAGACAUUGACACACUUCUUGCCACCGAUGAAGGUUUUCUGCUUGGAACCUGGCUUGAGAGUGCAAAACGCCAAGCUGUGAAUCCUGACGAGAUGAAACAGUACGAAUGGAAUGCUAGGACACAAGUGACAAUGUGGUUUGAUACUACAGAAAACACCCAAAGCAAGCUCCAUGAUUAUGCUAAUAAGUAUUGGAGUGGGCUUGUGGAGAGCUACUAUCUGCCACGUGCCUCAAUGUAUUUCGGUCAUCUUUCAAAGAGCUUGAAGGAAAAUGUGGAGUUCAAGGUGGUGGAAUGGCGAAAGGAUUGGAUCGCGUUUUCGAACGACUGGCAGAGAGGUUCUGAACUUUACCCAGUGAAGGCUCAAGGUGAUGCUUUAGCCAUUGCCAAUGCACUGUAUCAAAAGUACUUCAGUUGAGGGAUGAAUGGACCCGAGUUGAACUGUGGAACUCCAUAUGGUAAAGAAAGUAUUACUCCGGUAUCAUUUUCGCUAUGACUGUUUGGAGCUUUGAGAUCAUAAUUUGUCUCUUUUAAAAUAAAUUUCAAACAUUGUUACGUUUUUUAAAUUAUUUCUUUGUUGUUUUCGACAAGGGUCCGUUUGGUUGGGUGAAAAUUAUUUUUUUGGGAAAAAUAAUUUUUAAGGAAAAUU